AUGGCGUCCUGCUCUAACGAUGUCCAUCACAUGAUGGACGAAAGCUCAGCAAUGUUUCGUCGGGAUGGCAGGGCGGUGCUCCGAGGACCGCUUCACAUAACUCUACAUUUACAGCUCCAAGGCAAGCCCCAUACAGCUUCCGGUGAGGACAACUUAUGGAUCCCCUCCACUAGCCUCUUCAAACGAAAUGGAUUGUUCUCCAACAUUAUUCCCAUUUAA